GUUCGUGGCUUCAUUUUCUGGGGGUGAGGUGCGAGUUGUAUUUUUGGGAUUAUUUUGAUAUUUAAUAACAGUCUAUAAUGCAAAACUAGUGUAAGAAACUGGAAAGUGCUCAAAUAUGUGUCGUUGUAGUGAUUUAUCUUAUUAUAGUUUGUGUAAAGUGUAGUGUCCAACAUGUUUCGGUGUAUACCUUUGUUCAAAUGUAAUCGCCAAGUGGAAUGUGUAGACAAGCGGCAUUGCUCGUUGCCAACGGUGCCUGAAGACAUAUUGCGAUACUCCAGGAGUUUGGAGGAACUGUUUUUGGAUGCUAACCAUAUACGAGACCUGCCGAAGAAUUUCUUCAGAUUACAUCGGUUACGAAGAUUAGGACUUAGUGAUAAUGAAAUUCACAAACUUCCACCGGAUAUUCAAAAUUUCGAAAACUUAGUUGAACUAGAUGUCUCUCGCAAUGACAUUCCGGAUAUCCCCGAGGACAUCAAGAAGCUGCGCGCGCUGCAGAUCGCGGACUUCAGCAGCAACCCCAUCCCCCGGUUGCCGGCUGGCUUUAGCCAGCUCCGGGCGCUCACGGUGCUCGGCCUCAACGACAUGUCGCUCACCAGCCUGCCUAGUGACUUUGGAAGCUUGAUGUCACUUCAGUCUCUGGAGCUGAGAGAAAACCUGCUGAAAUCGCUGCCAGAGUCUCUCAAGAAUCUUACCAAAUUGCAAAGGCUUGACUUGGGCGAUAACGAAAUCGAAGAAUUGCCUGGCUUUAUAGGAGAGUUGCCGGCACUCGAGGAAUUAUGGCUGGAUCACAACAAACUCCAGUACCUGCCCCCAGAAAUCGGGAACCUCAAGGCACUAGUGUGCCUGGACGUGAGCGAGAACAAACUAGAGAAGCUUCCAGAAGAAAUCGGGGGCCUCUGCUCCCUCACCGAUUUGCAUCUCUCUCAGAACAUGCUGGAAACCAUACCCGAUGGUAUUGGCGAUUUAUCCAAGUUAGCUAUACUGAAGUUGGACCAAAAUAGAUUACAUACGUUAAAUGAAAAUGUAGGAAGGUGUACAAAUCUACAAGAGCUUAUAUUAACGGAAAAUUUUUUAAUGGAGCUGCCUAAAUCUAUAGGGAAUCUCAAUGAACUGACCGUACUGAAUGUAGAUAGGAAUUCCUUGGGUGAAAUACCGCUGGAGAUUGGCAAUAUGACAUUGUUGGGUGUGUUAAGUUUAAGGGACAACAAGCUAACGAGACUGCCGAAUGAAUUGGGGAACUGCAAGUCGCUGCAUGUGUUGGAUGUUAGUGGAAAUAGGUUGCAGUACUUACCAUACACACUGGUGAAUCUGGAACUGAAGGCGGUGUGGCUAUCAGAGAACCAGGCUCAGCCACUUUUAACCUUCCAGACGGACAGAGACGAAACCACGGGCGAAAAUGUACUCACGUGCUUCCUUCUGCCUCAGCUCAGUUACACUCAACAGCCCGAGCUGGAACACACGUCAGAGGUCGGCAGUCAACACUGGUACAGGGACAGAUUUAGUUCACGAUCUCAAGACCUGUACACGCAAGACACAAGCUCCCGUGACGCUCUCGACGAUCCCGAUUGGGAACAAAAAGAAGAAUCCAGAACGCAUUCCGUCAAAUUCACAGAAGAAUACACAGAAACGAAAGAGACUCCGUUCGUGCGACAGAAUACGCCUCAUCCCCGCGAGUUGAAAGCGAAGGCGCAAAAGAUUCUGGGACGUUCGCCAGAGAUCGCUACCGUGCAGACUUCACACGAACCCAAGACUAAUGGUCUUCCUCUGUCGCCACCUGAGCCUACGCCGAUGGUCAUGGAUAACCAUGAGAUACACAACAUACAAAUAGCUGAAACAAGAGAAGACGACACCGAGUACCAACAGGCGAUGGAUCGGCAAUCUUCGGAAGACGAGAACGACGAAAACGACGACUCUGACGAAUUGGAGCACGGGCCGCGGCGCGUGGCGUGGCGCGCCACCGUGGAGGAGCGCGCGGCGCCGGUGGGCGGCCGCCUCCACCGCCGCGACACCCCCCACCACCUCAAGAACAAGCGCGUCAACCAGAUUGACGCAGGAAAGGCGCGCGAUUUGAUUGCGCAGGCGAUCAAAAAACGCGAGCAACAAGAAGAGCAGAAGACUGAUGACGAGGAAGCAGUCGAAGACAUUCCUGACGGUGAAUCAGUGUCGGAGCGGGCGGAGAGUGAAACUCGAGUGGUGAGCGACCAGCGAUGCAUAGAGGUGCGGAUCGCUCGUGCAGCUGGCGGCCUAGGGCUCAGCAUCGCAGGUGGCAGGGGCUCCACGCCUUACAUCGGCAACGAUGAAGGGAUCUUUAUAUCCAGGGUCACCCCUAAUGGGCCCGCGUACUUGGCCGGGCUUAGGGUCGGCGAUAAGGUGCUAUCGGUGAACGGGACAUCAGUAGUGGAAGUCGACCAUUACUAUGCUGUCGAAGUCCUGAAAGCUAGUGGUGCAGUAUUGACUCUGGUUGUAACUAGAGACUCUCCCAAUUCCACGAGAACACAUAGUCGGGCACCGAGCGGGGCAAGUCAUCAUUCCGUUUCAAGUACCACUGAUACCGUAUCCACCCUCGAAAAUGGACAAGUGCCAACCGGCCGCGGCGCAAUAUCGAAGCCCUUUAUAAUCGGCAACCAAUACGCCCAAGAAUUUGAGCCGGAGUACAAAGAGCAGAAAGUUAAUCAAACGCCAGUAGCGACACCUACAGUAAACUUCAGUCCAGUUCCGAUUGUCCCUGGCACAGAAACCUUCCAGCGAUUGCAAGCUUCGCCGCCACCACAAACUACACCUUAUGUUCCUCCCGUAUAUCAACAAAAGGUGCUAGUUCAUACAACGCUAAUUCGCGACGGCGCCGGCUUAGGCUUCAGCAUCGCCGGCGGGAAAGGCUCGCCUCCAUACCGAGAGGAUAGCGACGCUAUCUUCAUAUCUCGCAUCUCUCCACAAGGCGCUGCCAGCAAGGACGGCAAGAUGAUGGUCGGCGAUAAAGUUGUUUCGAUCAACGGCGUAGAUAUGGAGAAUGCGCCGCAUGAUGCGGCCGUGAAUUUACUGACGGGACACGAGAGGUUCGUGAGACUUGUGCUGCAGAGGACCAUCACUCCUGAACAAGGCGAGAUUCUUCCGCGGAAAUCGACAUCAGACGAAGUGAGAGAACACAAGACGAGCCUGCCGAAUGCGACCACACCCACACCAAAACCCACCAAUCACGUGGCCGCACCAGCACCUAUUGUGACCAAUCACACGUCGCCGCGUGUCACACACGUAUCGCCCGCACCAACACCGACACAAGCACCUCAAAUACAGCCACAGAUUAAAAAGGAACCACCAAAAACUGUGUUUAGUAGUGUUCCACCGCAACCGGCACCGCGGAGACUGAGUCAAACUAACGGACAGGCGCCCAAAUCAACGACUAACAGUACGAGCACGCCGCUAACCCCCGGGAAUAACCCGCACGGCUCCAAUGACGACGUUUUCGACGACAUACAGCCCUCGCGACCGAUCACGAACGAGGAGUUCCAAGCGAUGAUCCCGGCGCACUUCCUCGGCGGGCGUCGGCCGGCGUCGGAGCCUCCUGAGAGAGGCGUCCGGGUUACCGUCGAGAGGCCUCCCGCCGCGGCCGUGCUCCUCCCCCCUGCACCCUCCACCCUCGGCCGCGUCACUGAGACCAUCACCAAGUCCACCUUCACGGAAACAACGGUCACCAGGAUCACGGAUAAUCAACUCGUCGAGCCGCUCAUCAUUGAAGACGUGGUGUUAGUAAAGGAAGGUGGCUCAUUAGGCUUCAGUAUUAUAGGGGGUACGGACCAUUCGUGUGUGCCGUUCGGUGCUAAGGAACCCGGAAUAUUCAUAUCACAUAUCGUGCCAGGCGGUGUAGCAGCACGUUCAGGCAAACUCCGGAUGGGUGACCGCCUGAUCAAGGUCAACGGCAACGAGCUCACGGGCGCGACGCACCGCGACGCCGUGCAGCUGCUACUGCAGCCCGGCACCACCUUGACCCUCACCGUGCGACACGACCCCUUGCCUCAAGGAUUCCAGGAUCUCACGAUAGUGAAGCAAGAGGGUGAGAAGCUUGGUAUGCAUAUCAAAGGUGGUCUGAACGGGCAGCGAGGCAACCCUAACGAUCCCAAUGACGAGGGUGUCUUCAUAUCGAAGAUAAACAGCGGCGGCGCGGCCAGGAGAGACGGCAGGCUUAAGGUCGGCAUGCGUCUCCUAGAAGUGAAUGGUGUAUCGUUACUUGGCGCGACCCACAACGAAGCGGUGAACGCCCUCCGAUCGGCCACGAAUGCACCGCUACACCUCGUAGUCUGCCAUGGGUACACGCGUCCGGAGAAAUAUACCACGGGUAGCGAGAGCGGGACGGCGGACACGGGCGGCUCUCUGUCGCACUCAACAUCAAGUCUGGACCGGGAUGAGCCGUUGCACCAUCAUCAACAGGAGCAGCAAUUCCAUCAAGACCUAGUUGAGUUUGAACACGAGAAAACAGUCGCAGAAAUGAGGGAAAAGUCUACACCUGAAAAGGUAUUAGACAUAGUCCAUGCCGUAGAAAGCAUGGCCCUUGAGCCGGUCCCGCCGACCUCGCCCGAGCCACAACACAAGACCACCACAGUGGUCAUGUCCAAACACACACUUCAACCUCAGUCGUCUAGUUCGCAAGCGGCGCUCCCCUCGCCGCUCGCGGUGUUCACCCAGCAGAAGGUGAAGACGCCGCCGCCCCACACCCCGCCCCCCGCGCCGGCGCACGGCACGCCCGUCGACCCGCCCGCCGCGCCGCCGACGCCGAAGCUGCCGCCGCAGCGCCCGCUCCAGCCGCCGCCGCCUCCCCCUGUCAAACAAAAACCACAAGUGCCCCGUAAACCUCAGACGAAGCGAGUUAGUUUCACCCGAGAACCGGAAUAUGAGCCCGAACUGUACGAAACGUUGUCGACGAACGAAACGAAACUGACCCCCCGACCCCCACCGCAUGAAGUGCAUGAAGCGGGACCUAGAGAUAUUGACACUAACGAUGCAUGCGCGGGAGUUAGCUCAUUACUAAUACGAAAAAGACCGCCGCGAGCGGAAGUGGAGGUCUCUCGCCCGGUCUCUAAGGCGAACCCCGUCCUCCCCGAAGACUACAUAAUUCCCCCUCCGCCCUCCUUCGAUUCGAACGUAAGUGACGUUCCAUUAGAAAGUGAGUUGUGUGUGCCGCCUAUUACUGUAGUCCCGGAGCGAAUUGUUCUUCCCGAGCCAGAUGUGGCGGAAACAUCCAUGCAGUUUUCGAAUACGACAAAUUCUCCCGAAUCCGAAAUCCCACCUCCAAUCAACUUUAACGCCUACCCGGCGGCCGCUCCUCAUCCUGCCAUCAUCAACGAUCCAUCUCGUUCCGCCAUAAUUUCAGAAGUGCCUAUAUAUCACGCUCUACGAACUGACGAUUUUCCCUCCAUAGAAAGUGAAGAUUACAGUGAAUUAUUAUCAGUAAGUCCAGUCGGUGAACCUGUUCCCGAACUACUUCAAGUACAUUAUACGACUUUGCCUGAAGUUUCACAUAUACCUAAUUCUCCAUGCAGUAUGCACCCCGACCAAACAUUCCAAAGUGACAUUUCUAAAAAUUCUCCGAUACACCAAUCAUUACGAGAUCUGAGAGUUAAAAAUUUAUUUCCCGGUAUGGUGCAUUCGACAACAUAUCCUCCAGUAAAUCCUUAUCCGUCUUUGACGACGGUCGCGGGAACAUUUAAUCCAUAUACCAACACAAUUCCCAUUACGAAUCAAAGUUCCCAAUAUAACAAACCCCAAGUGUCUCCGUCGCUGCCCCCCAGCACUUUAGAGAAGGAUAUAAACGCAAAUGUCACUCAGACGAUUGCUGAUACGCCUAAAAAUGUUCAAUCAGAGAGAAGAGUGCAUUUCGGCGAUGUGACCACUGCGCCUGAGUCAGAUAUAUUGUCGAACAGUUCGGAGGAAGAGAGUUCCUCGCCCGUGUCCACCCCGCAACCCGCAUGGAGCAGCAAACUCAAAGCCUUCGCCCUCGGCGAGGCUUCCCCGCCUCAUUCUGGUAAUUUUGUGAAGGCAUCUGUCAGCGACAAGAAAAAGUUCUUCGAAAAUGCAAUGGAAGAAAGCCAUAAACCGUCGCCCAAGCCAGAGCGAGUAUUCACAUUUUUAUCCGCGGAUGAGGUGGAGAAAUUGAAGCAGGAAGAGGAGAAGAAGAUGGCGUCUCUUUCGCGUGCGGAGCUCGGCUCGUGGUCUCCGGGGGAGGACCGCCAGAGCGACAGCUCCCACUCCGAUGAGGAGCCCUAUGAGAACGGCCACAGUGUAUCCCUGGGUGGCGUGAGUCCGUCAGCGAAGUCUCAGCGUCGGCGCGCGCGCGCCGGCGCGGAGGGGGAGAGCGCGGACGCGCGUGCGGCGCGGCGUGCGGCGUGGCGCGCGGCGCGGCUGCGAUCGCUGGAGCAGGAAGCCAUCGAAACGUCUAAAGUUAUAAAAAACAUGGUCGGCCCGGCCAACGAUAUUAUAGGAGAAGCACCACCAAGAGACAAGUCUCCGUCCGAGAAAUGGCCUCUUCCACGAAUCGCGUUACGUACAAAACCGGGGCCUAUACUAGCAGUGAAGGAGAAGGAAAAACUGGUAGACGAGAGAAUAACCCUAAGAACCGAAGAAUACGUGUGUCCCUCCACCGGCGAGACGAAAGUGAGGACAGUCGAAUGCAUUGAAAAGGUGUUUGAGAAAGAGGUGGAGACAACUCAAGAGAAGAUAAUAUCGCUAGAACUGACUACGAGUCCGAGUAGUGAAACCGCGCCCACAGAGCUCGCAGAGGGGGGGAUAAACUUGGGCGAGAUGGGCGAGGUGGGGGAGGUGGAGGGUGAAGGACAGGCGUCCCUGCAGCCUGACAUCGUGCAGGUCGUCAACCCGCUGCUGGACGGCAGCGCGGGCCUCGUCACCGCCAUCCCCGUGGGGCCCGCGCACAGGCUCACCGCCUACACCGACCGGCACUAGCUCCCCACUCUCGAUUCGAUCUAACUCGAUUGUAGAUUUCUUCAACGAAACGAACGGCGACAUGCACUGAACGACCAUCAUAACUUUGUAUUAUAAACUGUGAUAAUAAGUUUAGAUAUCCACCACCGAUUUCUUGUGUUACGUAAUGGCUAUUUUGAAGAAAUCCACCAACGAGUUGUCGGCGUGGCGUUUCCUGAUCACAAUUUUAUUUUUUUACUAUGUUAUUUUUUUGCGACGGAGAUUUUAGAUUUACUGUAGGUGAUUCCUGUCUAUUUUGAUAUAGAGAAUUAUUCUUUGAAUACUUUAUGUAUUUAAUUUUAAAGAUUUUCAUUCCGUGCAAGUUUUUAAUGUUUGACUGUGUGCAUCAUGCAUUACCUGCUAAGUGGAAAGUGUCAGAUUGCGAAUCAUAGGUUACGGACCGCGUAUUUAAAUUAUAUAAAAGGUUUAAUGUCAGUUGUAUCAAAGCAUUAGAUGAUAUAAUAAUAUUUGACAAACCCAAUAUUAAGAACUGAAUCAAGUUGGAAAUUUUAUUCGCAAAUAUUACAUAGUUUGAAAUGUUUUGUGCAUUGUUAUAAUUAAUUUUUACAGUAUUUGUGUUUACUGGUGAGCUAGUAUUUUUUAUAAUUUAAUGUUUUAGAACGUUCAUGUAUGUGGUGCCUUAUUUCUUUGAUUUGUGCAAUUAUGCAUGUUUUAUAUUAUAUGUUCAGCGUUUAGAUACAAUUUAAUGCAUUCUCUAAUUAUCUAUCAUUGUUUUAAGUUAUUUGUCAUAUAAUACGGUGAUGAAUUGUGCAUUUGCAUCAUAACUUCUAUGAGUUGACUGUAUAUCCUGUCUGUUGUCAUAAUUAAUCUCGAUAAAUGUAUAUUUCCACAGGUGAAAAUAGUAUUUGAUAAAUAUUUAAAUGAGAGUAUAUCGAAAUUAAGUGUUGUAUGGGGGAAUGUUUUAUAUGAGUGUCCUUUGUACCUUUUUAAGGCUCUUUAGCGAUAUGUGAAUUGUAAACUAAUGAAAAUAUUGUAUGUUUGUCUCAAUUAAAUGGUUUAAUAUAUAUUUUAAUAAAAAUA